UCAGUUCAGUUUAGUUGUUCUCUCGUCUCAGCCUGGUACACAUCAAACCUCUUCUCGCGGUCUCAUCAUUUUUCCAAAAUUUCCUAUAAGUGGAACAUUCAGAUCUGGGAUGGUGCUAAACGGAAAAGCUGAGCUUGCUGCCCGAGUUGCUAAGGCAGCAAAAUGUCGCUAUGAGCAGUUGGAGUUGUGUGGCAUUGUCACGGUGCUGAGUCUAGCCUUGGUGCUGAGCUACCAGCUCUACCUCAGCAUGGUGGACGACUGGCAGGAGAUUCCUCAGCAACGUUGGCGCGUACUGAUUCUCUCCCUCACACUACUGCUGAUGAGUAUCGCAACCUGUCUGUACAUGUGUCACCGCCUCCAGCCUAUCGUACGUUUACCCCCACCUCCGCGUACUCUGACUAGUGUCAACAGCCAGCUGUUCUUGAUCACUGGAGAGAGACCUCCGAGCUAUGACAGCAUCACGAAACCAGAGUUGGUCUACGUCCCUCCACCCCCCUACAAUGCUAUCUUUGACGUUUGAACAUAAGCUGUUUGGUUGGUCCUACUUCAAAUGCUACUUUCAAGAUAUAUGUAAAUAUAUUGAUCCAAGUCUGUGUCAUCCAAUGAGAAGCAAGUUUUCAGCGCAGUGACGCAGUGAAACAGUAUUAACAAUUUGCUAGUGUUGUGCAAUCUAAUGCUUCAACUUAAUAAACCAAAAACCAAACCUUCAUGACAAGGGUGUUAACGAUAUUGAAUAAAUUAAAACUACCAAAGAUACUCCCAUGCUCGGUAGGAUUAUGUUUUUAAUGGUAGUAACGACUACAUCAGUCGGACUCUUGAAUACAAGCGUUUAUAUACUUUGUGUUAAACAGAGGGCAGACUUCUAAAAAGAAAGAUUUUAUCUAUCCAUUUUUUGGAGCUAUGAAAUGAUGAAAUCAAUCUAAAUUCUUCAAAUUUUCCAAGCAAAAUUUGUUGUGCAUCUCAGUGAUUUAGGAUGUUUUGAGAAAAAGUGUGUAUUUGAAAAAUUGUUUUACAUAAUUUGUUGAUUUUUUAAAAUUAUUUUGUUUAUUAUGGAAGAGAAACAGAAAUACACUAUAAUAUUCAGUCAAAGAUUUACUCGCUAAUAAACUGUAAUAGUAUACAUUAGUGGAUUUUUUUUUCAUUUAGGUGCUUUGAACAAAGUUUCCUUGAAAUGUAUGGGAGAACCUUGAGUUUUAUUCUAACACAAACCCCCUUUUUUGUUUGGUGCAUCUUGUGUGUCCUCAUAAUCUAGUCUAAUGUAAAUAAUUUUAAAAAGAUUUACAUUGAAUAGCUGCUUCUAUAUUAUUGUAUUUAUAUUUGUUUCUACAUUGUAUUUUUUUUAUUCUGUUUGGUCUUAUUGAUUUUGUAUUCAUAUAAGUUAUGUAUCUACUUUUUCAUUGUUGUAU